UCUGGACGCUGGCUGGGGGGCGGCGGCUGUGAGGAUGGGGGACAGCUUCGGCACCGACAGCGAGCCCACUACGCGCACCCUGCUUCGGCGGGUGCUGGAUACAGCGGACUCGCGCACCCCGCGGCGACGCCGGAGUGCUAAGGCUGGUGCCCAGAAAACCCUGCUUGAAACACAUUCCUCCAGAAGACUGAGAAGCCAAACAAAGACAACUGCCAGACAGCAUUCCCAUGGAGGCAGGUCUGUUGGCAGAUUAGCCCAUGUUCAAACCAGUGGGAACCUGGAGGAACAGACACCUCGGACUCUGCUGAAGAACAUCCUAUUAACUGCCCCGGAAUCUUCCAUCCUGAUGCCAAAAUCAGUGGUGAAGCCAGCACCAGCACUACAGGCGGUUCAGCCCUCCAGAUGGGAAAGCAGUCAGGGCAGUCUGGAGCUGCAACUUCCUGAACUAGAGCCAUCCACAACCCUAGCUUCAAGUCUGCCAGCCCCUGGCAAGAGGAAGCAAAAGCUGAGAUUGUCAUUGUUUCAGCGAGAAGUAAACCAGGGGCUGCCUCUCUCCCAAGAUCCUGCAGGGAAUGCUGAUGCCUCAUCCCUCACCAGCUCCCUCAACCUGACAUUUGCCACACCUCUUCAGCCACAGUCAGUGAAGAGACCUGGUUUGGCCCGCAGACCUCCUACCCGAAAGGCUGUAGAUAUGGGUGUCUUGUUGCAAGAUCUGCAAGAUAAUUCCUCAGCCAUUGUUCCUCCAGGUGACAGUCUCAGAGCUGCUGUUCCUACUUUGCCAGUGGAUAUAGUGUUGGAGGACACCCAGCCCUUCUCACAGCCUGUGGUUGGCCACUCUCCCAGUGUGCAUUACUCCCUGGCCCACUCCUCUGGCAGUGGCACUAACGAUUCUGAGAGGCCUGUGAGUCACAGGACACAUAGCAGUGGGCCAGAGCUGCAGAACCACAAGCUACAGCCUUGGCCUGCUACUUCUCCAGAGAUGACAGAAGCAGAGAGAUCCCAGGGGGCUUUGGAGGACAAGGAGCCAGAAGGAUCUAUACAGGAUGAAGGCAUUUCUGGCAGGCCAGCAGAUCCAGAAUUGGCAUCCAGCACCCCUGAGUUCCUCCAGGCCAAGCGAUCCCAUCAGUUUCUUGAGCCAGCUCUACCACAGCCAGAUGUUUCAGUCUUGCCUCCAGAGCCUAUGGAGCCUGUACCAGCUAAACUUCCCCGCAGGACCCGGACUGCUGGUCCCAGACGCCGUCAAGAUCCUUACAAAGCUGGACUGAACCACUAUGCAAAACUCCUUAGCUUCUAUGCCAAGAUGCCCAUGGAGAAGAAAGCUCUUGAAGUGGUGGAGAAGUGCCUAGAUAAGUAUUUCCAGCACCUUUGCAAUGACCUGGAGGUGUUUGCUGCUCAUGCUGGCCGCAAGACUGUGAAGCCAGAGGACUUGGAGCUGUUGAUGCGACGGCAGGGUCUGGUCAGCGAGCAAGUCUCGUUGCACGUGCUUGUGGAGCGCCACCUGCCCCUGGAGUACCGCAAGAUGCUCAUCCCCUGUGCAUUCAGCGGCAAUUCUGUCUUCCCUGCCCAGUGAUGGCCCUUGCUCUGUCUGUACCCAGGACCUUGUAAUUCAUAUCAUUCUCCAGCUCUCUACUAUUUCCUCUAAGAUAAUAAAGUAUCACA